ACUGGUGAUGCCGAACCCAUCUGGACCAGUUCUACCGAGCAGAAGAUGGCUCUGACCGACGUGUCCUCGGCGGAGAAGACCGGUGUACUGGUUCAAGGGAUGAUUCUCGUUAUUGCCUAUGCAUCUGGAAGUCAUCAGGGGAACUACUCGUGCUCUCUGGGGAAUUCCAGCUGCCAGUACUGGUUCACAGUGACAGUGAACACAGCACAGUUCUCACAGAUCUGUUACUCACAACAGUCCUGCAGAUUGACUUGCCCUCAUGUAAAUAUGACCAGCAACGGCAUCACAUGGCACAAGGAGGGACUGCCGUUGCUAAAUGACGGCUACUUCAUGAGUGUGGAAGAGAAGCACAGCGGUGUUUACACCUGUACUAGCCAUAAUAAGACCUCUACAGUUGUGCUUCAUGUCGAACCAAAUAAAAAGAUGAAAACUGCAGUGAUCAUUUCACCGCAACAUAAAGAAGUAUUUUAUGUGGAUUUGGGUUCAACAAAGGUGAUAGAUUGUAAAGCUGUGGCCUGCGCAAACUUUGACAGGUUGGUCUGGUUGAAUGAGGAAUCUCUCCAAACUACCAAACGGGCACCUCAUAGUGGAGAAAAAACGCUGACGGCAUCUCUGGUCUUCCAAAAAGUGUCAGAAGAGCAUCUUUUAAAAAACUAUACCUGUAGACUGCGAUCUACUUGCCAGAACGCAAGCUUCGUCACCGUUACUCUCAGAACAGGAAAGGCUCAAUGUUCUCGCCGCUCUUACACGCCCCUGAUACUCAGCACUGUGGGCAUCGUGGUCGUGAUGAUCGUGACACUAUUUAUCUACUUGAAGUUGAAAAUUGAAAUCACUCUUUUCUUAAGAGACACUCUUGGCUGCCAUAGAAGAACUUCAGAUGGAAAGUGCUACGAUGCUUUUUUGAUGUGUUAUGAGAGCGACGGGGGCGCAGGACUAAACUCUCAGGACAGAAAAUUGCUGCAGAGUGUUUUGGAAGAGAGGUUUGGUUACAGCCUCUGUCUUUAUGAUCGCGACGUCUUACCAGGGGAAGCUGCAGCACAGGCCGUGUGUGACUGCAUAGAGGAGAGCCGGACGGUGGUCCUGGUUCCCACCUCUCCAGAUCCUGGUCUUGGGUCCGGCCUCCUGAGUGCCAUCCAUGCUGGUCUUGUGGAGCGGCAGACUCGCUUGAUUUUCAUCACAACUGAGACGACAGAAGUGUCGACGCCAGGUUCCCUAUCUGAGGCUCUGCAACCUCUCAGUGAGGCUGGAGCCUGCGUCACCUGGAAGGGCCCAAGCUCCAUGUCGGAAUCCUCCUCCUUCUGGAAACAGCUACGCUAUCAUCUACCGGCCUCACGGCAACCUUAUAAAAUACAGAGUCUACCACUGACAAUCCAGGAUGUUCCCUAAUGGCGAAAUGUUUAACCAAGUUAGAAAUCCAAAAUUUUUGUCAUAUCU